AUGCAAUCACUAUAUGAUGAGUUGAGUAUCGAAAUAUUCAAAUAUAUAACUACACCUAUGUCACUUAUUCUCACAAGUCGUAAAUGGUAUGCUAUUUCUCAAGACCCUCACGCUCGAGCCGAAUGGCUAAUUUAUAAAUAUGGUAAAUCUCACGCAUUAUUUUAUGCAAUAAGACUUGAUAGCUUUAUUACUUUAGAUGUCGUCCAAGCUUUGUUAGCAAGAAAUGUGGUGAUGUCACGAUAUUUUGUACAACGCUUACUUAUGUAUUUUGGCAACCAUGAUCAAAGAUUGAUCGAGCUUAAAGUAGAAUAUAAUCUGAAUCAAGUUAAUGAUAGAACUCGAGAAAAGAAAUUAUGUGCACCGUGGGCGAGUAAUUUGUCUUUACCGAUUUUUACCAAAUUAGUCAAUGAAGCAUUUAAUAUAUUAAAAGAUCCACAACUUGCAAUUAAAGGCAAUGACAUGGAAUUAUUCCAUUUUUUAUCUGCCGGUCCUCUUGUUAUUAAUUACGCCCCUCAAAAAUUAUUUCAAAAUAUUAAUUAUAUUGAGGAUCUAAUUUUAAACAAAAAAUUUAUCCCCUUUCCUCCUCGUCCGAAACUUGCUUAUGAAGAUACAAUAGAAGAAUAUCCACCAAAAGAUGGUUACGAGAAUAACCGGCAGCUUAACGUUAUAGCGAGAGCAAUUAUAAUUCAUCCUGAUUUGGUUAAUAUGUGGAAAAGUAUUGGUUAUUAUGAAAUUUGCAGUGAUGUUAAUGAUCUUGUAAUACAAGGAGCUCUUUUAAUCUUAUUUCCUUCAACUCCGCCAAAUAAUUGGGAAUGUCCUGAUGUGAAUACUGUUGUUACUCGAUUAAAAAAGUUUACUGAUCUUGGAUUUAAAUUAACGAAUAGUGUUAUAAAUGAUAUAUUUCGUUUAUUUGAACAUAGAUUAAAUGAAAUUGGCGAACUUUUGAUAAAUUCUUUUCAGCAGAUUCGUAAUGAACCGAGAUCAGUUAUUGUUAGUUCUUGUAUUAUUAAUCUCAAUAAUCCUGAAAGAAAUCAUAAUAUAUUAAAAUUUUUAAAUGGUGGAAAUUGA